GAUUAGCACUUGGCUACUACCCUAAAGUUUGGUGGUUCAAACCCAUCCAGUGGCACUGUGAAAGAAAGGCCUGGCAAUCUGUUUCCAUAAAGAUUACAGUCAAGAAAACUCUAUGGAAUCAGGUGGACACUUGAGACUGUGUUGGCAUCUCCUGUCUGGAGGGAAGAUAGGAGGGUAGAGAGGGUUAGAAACUGGCAAAAUUGUCACGAAAGGAGAGACUGGAAGGGCUGACUCAUUGUGGGAGAGUAAGUGGGAGUAUGGAGUAAGGUGUAUGUAAGCUUUUAUGUGACAGACUGACUUGAUUUGUAAACGUUCACUUAAAGCUCAAUAAAAAUUAUAAAAAAAAAAAAAAAAGAAAACUCUAUGGAGCAGAGUUCUACUGUGUAACACAUGGAGUCGCCAUGAGUCGGAAUUGACUAGAUGGCAAGGGGUUUGACUUUGGGUUUACAAGUGGGUGAAAGUAAAGCAGAGGAAGCCCCUGGUGACCUGAAAAUGGGGGAGGCCAGAUGGGAACAAUUGGGUCCCAUUUCCCAUUUCCUAGGUCUUUAUCUAAAAGGAAGAGAAGCUUGGAGGUGAUAGGUGAGAGGUCCCCCAAGUCCUAGGUUCCUUUCAGAUCACAGCAGUUAGGGAAAUGUUUUCGGUGUUUUGGGCUUCUUCUCACUCCAGCGUGCUCUGUUCCAGGCAUGGGUGGCCUCAGGCUCGUCAUGAUGCCAGUUGCACUGCUUCUUUGCUACCUCCCGCUGCAUGUGGUAGAUGCCAUUUCAUAUGGAACCCAGACAAAGGCCUCGAUGCGCCUUACCUCCUUGGGAUCCCAGCCACCCUCCUCAGACUUCUUGUUCUGCCAGCUACUGCUCCCGAAGUCCCUGCCUGGCUUCACCCACAUGGCCCCUCUGCCCAGGUUCCUGAUAGGCCUGGCACUGAGGAAUGCCCUCGAGGAGGCUGGCUGCCAGACUUAUGCCUGGACUGUGGAGCGUCAGCUCUACCGCCUGGGAGGUGUGAAAGCCACACAGCUCCUCAACCGCCAUCUCCAAGGGCUCCAGAAAGGCGGAAGCAUACAGGGUGAGGCAUCAGUGGAGGCCCUAAUCUCUGCUCUGCAGCUACUGGCCAGGGAGCAGCCAGGCCCAGACAGAGCCCGGCGCUUCCUCUCCACUGAGGACUGUGAGCAGGAGCAGGAGCAGAGUGUGCAAAGUGUACUCCGCUGGUUGCCAAUGGUGGGAACCUACUACAACCUGGGUUCAGCUUUGUACUAUGCUGCUCAGAACUGCUUGGAAAAGGCCAAGGAACGAGGCCAAGAUGGAGCCAUAGACCUGGGUUAUGACCUUCUGGUGACCAUGGCAGGGCUAUCAGGGGGCCCAGCAGGACUGUUGAUCAGCUCUGCACUUAAGCCUGCAGUGAAGGUUGGGGUUGAGAGGUUGAUCCAGUAUUACUAUGAGAAAGAGACAAACACCCCCCAACCAGAGACUAGAGAAAAGUUUAGUGGGCAUCACAGAUAUGAGUGGUCUGGUGGGUGGACAACAACUAUGGCCUCAGAGGUGUCAGAGGUAGUUAAGUUCAGUUUCCCAUGGGAGGUGGGGCCCACUCAAGAUCCAUUACUUAGACGCUGAGGCUGGGAGUCUUGGGCUAUAAGAAGGUUGUAGACACAGAAGAAAGGGGCCCUGGUGGGGCAAUGAUAACUAAAAGGUUGGCGGUUGUAACUCACCCAGUGGCUCGUGGGAUCUGCUUUCCUAAAGAUUACAGCCAAGAAAACCCUCUGGGGCAGUUCUACUCUAUCACAUGGGGGUCACUGUGAGUCAAGAAUCAACUGGAAG